AUGCCUCACCGAGCGGCCUCCCCGGCCUUGUCAGAGAACGAGUUUGAUAUUUCAAGUUCUCUAUUCAAAGGCAAUGCAAAUUCUGAUUCCGAAGAUGGGUGGGACUCGAAACCAAACAAGAAGCAAAAUAAAAAGCAGCCAGUGAUCCCGUCUUCGAGUCUGAAUUUACUGAACGAAGAUAACGACGAUGUCGAAGGCGAAGACGACGAGGCGUUUAUUGCCGCGACGCAAGCUGCUGCGAACCGAAAGGCUUCCAAUCUGAAAGGUCGUACCGUGAAAAAGGGCGGUGGUUUCCAAGCCAUGGGACUCAAUGCUCAACUCCUCAAAGCUAUCGCGCGCAAGGGUUUCUCAGUCCCGACUCCGAUUCAGCGAAAGACGAUCCCUGUGAUAAUGGAUGAUCAAGAUGUUGUGGGCAUGGCGCGAACAGGUUCCGGAAAGACUGCUGCUUUCGUUAUUCCGAUGAUCGAGAAAUUGAAGAGUCAUAGUGGUAAAGUCGGCGUGCGGGGUUUGAUUAUGUCGCCCUCGCGCGAGUUGGCUUUGCAGACUUUGAAGGUUGUUAAAGAACUGGGCCGAGGUACAGAUCUAAAAGCAGUCUUGUUGGUUGGUGGUGAUAGUUUGGAGGAACAAUUCGGUCUGAUGGUCGGCAACCCUGAUAUUGUCAUUGCAACACCUGGUCGAUUCUUGCAUUUGAAAGUGGAGAUGAACCUCGAUCUAUCUAGUAUCAAAUAUGUGGUAUUUGAUGAGGCCGACAGAUUGUUCGAGAUGGGUUUUGCUGCACAGCUUACCGAAAUUCUACACGGAUUGCCUGCUACUCGCCAGACUCUAUUGUUUUCAGCAACUCUUCCGAAAUCACUUGUAGAGUUUGCCAGAGCGGGUCUUCAAGACCCGACUUUGAUUCGUUUGGAUACUGAAGGCAAAAUAUCGCCCGACUUGCAGAAUGCAUUCUUCACCGUCAAGACAGCAGACAAGGAAGGAGCGCUACUUCACAUUUUACAUGAUGUUAUCAAAAUACCCACCGGUCCAACCGGUGUCAGAUUUCGAUUCAACGAGGACGAUGAAGAAGACGGAAAGAGAUUCAACAAGAAACGCAAGCGUUACGACUCCAAUAAAGCUGGAAAGCAUACCGAGUCGCCUACUAAGCACUCAACAAUUGUCUUUGCUGCCACGAAACAUCACGUCGAUUAUAUAGUUGGUAUCCUGCGUGAAGCUGGAUUCGCAGUCUCUUAUGCAUAUGGUUCUCUUGAUCAAACCGCGAGAAACAUUCAGGUCCAACGAUUCAGGGCCGGAGCCACACAUAUAUUGGUCGUUACAGAUGUUGCUGCUCGUGGUAUUGAUAUUCCGAUUCUCGCCAACGUCAUCAACUAUGAUUUCCCUUCACAACCGAAGGUAUUUGUUCACCGUGUAGGACGAACGGCACGUGCUGGACAAAAGGGUUGGAGUUAUAGUCUUGUCCGGGAUGCAGAUGCUCCUUACCUACUUGAUCUGCAACUGUUCCUGGGCCGAAAAUUGGUUCUUGGGCGACCAGAGACAGAACCAAACUUUGCCGAAGAAGUAGUAGUUGGAGGCUUUCCACGAGAAACUCUGUCUGGUCACUGUGAAUGGGUCACAAAGACACUAGACAACAACUCCGACAUUCAAGCCCAGAGAGGCGUUGCCAACAGAGGAGAAAAAUUGUACAUGCGAACGAGAAACGCUGCAUCUUUAGAAAGCGCCAAACGAGCAAAGGAAGUUGUCACUUCCGAUAAAUGGACAACGGUGCAUGCUCUCUUUACUGAAGAAAAUAACCAAAUGGAAGAUGAACGCGAAAAGAUGCUUGCUCGAUUAGGUGGUUACCGACCACAAGAAACUAUUUUUGAGAUUGGCGGUCGUCGAGGAGGUAAAAAGGGUACUGAUGUGGCUUUCGAGACGAUUAAGCGAGUGCGAUCUGCUCUGGAUAAGAAAAAGAAMCCMCCAGCCACUACGACGGAGACUGCUGAUGCUGCUGCCGAUGAGGGAGAAGACGUCGAAAUGAAUAAUGGUUUCUCCGACGAUGACGAAGUCCCUCAAGAUAAUCUCGAUAAUAUGUCGAUGGCAUCCGAAUCCGAUCUCGAAGUCACCUUCUCACAGUACUCUCAAUCCAAUAAAAACAAAUCCAAAAAGAGCUUUGGCAACGAUGCCACCAACUUCCAGAACCCAGAUUAUUUCAUGGCAUACACUCCCGCCGACGCAUCUCUCGCCGAAGACCGCGCAUACGGAGUCCACUCAGGCUCCAGUUCCAACUUUGCCCUUGCCUCACGCGAUGCAACCAUGGACCUGACCGCCGAUGAAAAAGCCGGCUUUGGAGAAGCACAAUCUUCAAUGCGUUGGGACAAACGACACAAGAAAUACGUCUCCCGUCGCAACGACGAGGACGGAUCUCGUGGCGGCUCAGCGCUCAUUCGCGGUGAGAGCGGUACCAAGAUCGCCGCCAGUUUCCGUAGCGGUCGCUUCGAUGCUUGGAAAAGAGGUAAAAGGAUGGGACGCAUGCCUCGUGUCGGCGAGAUGGAGAAUACCACGCUAUCCGGUGAUCUGAAUGCUUCCAUAUCCGGAGGACGGAAGUAUAAGCAUAACAAACAACAGGCACCGAAGCAGUUGGAUAAACUUCGUGGCGAUUAUGAGAAGAAAAAGAAGAAAUGGGAUGCGGCAAAGGAGGCUGCUGAUGCUGCCGCUGGUAACGAAGGCGGCAGAAAGCCGAAGAAUGAGAUUCGCAAUAACGAGGAUAUCAGAAAGGCGAGAAAUCUCAAGGAGAAGAGGAGGGAGAAGAAUGCUCGGCCGUCGAAGAAAGGGAGAGGAGGGUUCAGAGGGCGGCGAUAG